UGGCUUGUUGAAGUGGGUUUCAGCCAAAGUGAUGUAUCUAUCAUGCGUAAAUUUGGGCACAUGGUGAAGAACAACUCGGAUAUCAAGACACUAAUUAGGAUAUUGAUCGAUGAGGAUGGCAUAUUUCAAGGCCCUGAAGAGCACACUCAGGUCGCAAAGUCGCUUCGCAAAUCUGGAUCAUGGAUGAACUGCAAGAAGUUCAAGAGCCUUGUUCCGCCCAAAACAUCUGACACAAUGUACAGGCCUGUAGUUGUUGGGGGGCACAAUUGGUUGAAGUUGAAGGUGGUUAGAAUCACAGUAUUCUUGAAAGAUGAAGCAUCAGGCAAAUUUCGAUUUGAUUGGGGGGAUCCUGAGCACUAUGCUGAAGGGACUCUCAUUCCCAAAGUGGAUAUGACAAAUGUAGAUUGCCUACUCAACAGAAGUGCUGUGAACCUCAAGGCCGAGAUCAUGUCUAUCAUGGAGGGGUUUGGGCUCGAGCAGAGCAUGAUAGAUAAGGCUCAUAAUUCCAAACCCGAGUUACCGCUUCACUGGUCCACCACUGCUAUGCAGAUGUCCUCCACCAUUUGCAACACUGCCUACUUCCGUUAUAUUGACUGGUACAACUACAAACACAGCAACAAGCAUAAG